ACUUAAAUGUUUGGCAUUGAACAUUAAAGUAAUAUUGAUUUAAUUAUUUAUUUUUGUAAUACGUAAUAGGUAUACAUUAUUGAUAUCAUCUAAAAUUCUCAACGAUAUGGACAACUUAAGGCUCUAUUUAGCUACCUACAAUGUAGGUACUAGUUCCCCAGAUCAAGAUUUAAGGGAGUUAUUAUCCAUAACUGACAAGAAAAGUGAUGCACGUCCUGAUUUUUUCGCACUAUCUUUUCAAGAGGUAAAGGCACAACCACAGAAUAUGCUAAUGGAUACAUUAUUUGAUGAUCCAUGGACUUUUGCUAUUAAAGAACUCCUCCAGAGAGAUUACAUUAAACUAAAAUCUCUCAGAUUGCAAGGGCUUCUAUUAAUAGUAUUUUCCCUAAGGAAGCAUCUUUUAAAUAUUAGAGAAAUUGAUUCAGAGUAUACAAGAACUGGUUUAGGAGGAAUGUGGGGUAACAAAGGUGCGGUGUCGAUUAGACUAAGUAUUUAUGGCUGUUCACUUUGUUUUGUAAAUGCUCAUCUUAGUGCUCACGAUAACCACUUAGAUGAUCGAGUAGAAGAUUACAACAGUAUUAUUCAUGAUCAAGAAUUCCAUGUACCUGAAACUACAAAAAUAUUUUACCAUGAUUACGUAUUUUGGAUGGGAGACCUUAAUUUCCGACUUAAGGAAGAAUUCGACAAGACUCCAGAAGAAAUUGAAAGAUUAGUAGUGAAAAAAGAAAUUAAAGCUUUGUUCGAACAUGACCAAUUGCGGUACGUGAUGAGAAAGGGUGAAGCAUUCAGCGAAUUGACAGAGCAGGAUCCAACGUUUCCUCCUACGUUUAAGUUUACUGUAGGAACUCCUUGCUAUGACUACAAGAGACGUCCAGCUUGGUGCGACAGGAUACUAUAUAAAGUUAACUCCAACAACUAUGAAAACGUAACACUGAAAGUAGAUCAGCUUUCGUACAAGUCGCAUCCAAACUAUGUUCUUAGUGAUCAUAAACCAGUUACUGCUGAAUUUUUUGUAAAGAUACCCAUGCCAUAUUUACCACCUCCAAGGGUUCAAAGAGAUUCAAAACCAUCUGUUGACCAGGUAUUUUCAGAUUAUGCUGAGUCUGUAAUUGAAUUUGACAACGUUAUUAGUUGGGACGUAGAAGGAGAAAAUAAAGCUUACUACAAACUCACGAAGGACGUUAAAGAAAGUGACGAAGAUUGGAUUGGACUUUUUAAGGAGGAUUUCUGUGCCUUAGAUGACUACGUGACCUACGAAUACGUUAGCAAAUGCGCAACUCCAACUGACGAGAGCAGCAGUAGCAGUAGAUCCCAUGAAACCAAAAAAUACGAAGUGACAUUCCCGGAUCUACCAAACAAGUUUAAAGGCAACUAUUGCUUAGUAUACUUUAGUCAAACUGAAGAUAAAGUAACCAGUGUUCUGGGCGUUAGCAAUAUAUUUCCAAUCGUUAAAGCAGAUAGCGAUUAAUUAAGCUUUAUACUUAAUAUAUAUUUGAGCUGCUAGAGGAAGUGAUAUUUACAUAGAUUACUUGGUUGACUUUAUUGUAUCAACAUGACACUUAGAAAUAAUAUUGUCGUUUGUCCAUUAGUUGUAUGUUAUAUAGUUCUUAGGUGCAAGUAAACAGAUUUAACAUC